UGAUGUGCGGCCUCAGUCCAGAAGCCAGAGAAGCAGGAGAAGGGCGUCUCUUUCUGGGUUUUGCUUUGUUGAUAGACUCUCUUAACUCUCAUAUACAUCAUACAACAUACAUACAAGUACUUUUUAGACGUCUUGACCCUCCCCUUCUGUAUUGCGUUUUCAACUCCAGAGAAGAAGUACACACGUCUCAGAUUUAAGGGAGAUGGACAGAACCAUAAUCCAUACAACCACUCGAAUCAGGUCUUCUUCUUCUUCUUCUACUUGCUCUGACCAAUCCAUCCUUUGUCAUUCUCGUAUUCGCUCUCUCAAAUCCAGUCGAUUCCAUCACGGUUCCUUGCGUUUCUGUGGUUCCAUGUCCCAGUUGCUCUUGGUGUUGGGGGCCUGAAUGCUUUGAUUGAUAAUUGAUUACUUGGGUUUUGUGUUGAAGAGGAUACUCAUUGCUGGGGUUGUGGGCUUCUUCUAAAUUAGUAGCGAUGAAACUGUCUUGCUUUGGUGCGUUUAAGUCAUGUAAGAGGAAGAAUGUUCACUCUCCAACACAGACAGAAGAGAUCGUUGCCAGCAAUGUACGUCUCUUUUCCUACAAGUCAUUGCUCUCUGCAACAGGGAGCUUCCAUCCGUCAAAUCGUGUAGGUGGAGGUGGCUUUGGAAUUGUUUAUAAGGGAGUUUUAAGAGAUGGAACCCAAGUUGCAGUUAAGUCCCUCUCUGCCGAGUCAAAACAAGGAAUACGUGAGUUCUUGACUGAAAUUGACAUGAUAUCAAAUGUCAAACAUCCAAAUCUUGUCCAACUAAUUGGUUGCUGUAUUGAGGGCACUAAUCGGAUGUUAGUCUAUGUGUAUAUGGAGAACAACAGCCUUGCACAUAUUUUACUUGGUUCAAAGAGUAAACAUGUUCUUCUGGAUUGGCCUACAAGAGCUGCUAUCUGUGUGGGUACAGCUCAUGGUCUUGCAUUUCUUCAUGAGGAAGCUAAACCACAUAUUGUACACCGUGAUAUCAAGGCUAGUAAUAUACUGCUCGACAAAAACUUUCAACCUAAAAUUGGAGACUUUGGGUUGGCAAAACUUUUUCCAGACAACAUCACUCAUCUUAGUACACAAGUUGCUGGAACAGAGGGUUAUUUGGCUCCCGAGUAUGCAUUGUUAGGGCAGCUAACAAAGAAGGCUGAUAUUUACAGUUUCGGUGUUCUAAUACUUGAAAUAGUCAGUGGCAGAAGUAAUUCAAAGGCAGCAUUUGGAGAGGAUCUGAAGGUCCUUGUAGAAUGGACAUGGAAACUGAAAGAGGAAGGUCGGCUCUUGGACAUUGUUGAUCCAGAACUACUCGAGUAUCCAGAGGAUGAGGUGGCACGGUACAUAAAGGUUGCAUUGUUUUGCACCCAAGCACCACCACAACAGAGACCUUCCAUGAAGAGGGUUCUGGAGAUGCUUUCGGGAGAAGUGGACCUCAAUUUGAAGACAUUAAUCCAGCCAGAUGUGUACAAGAAAAAUACAACCCGAGACUCAGCUAGUUGUUCACAGGGGAGCUCUUCUUCCCCAUGGCGCAAAGACAAACAAUCCAUUACGUCAACCCGUUUAUACAGCUCUCCUCUAAGCAAGACAGAGAUGCAGCCCCGAUGAGACAGAGCCGUCUUUGUGAGAUUUUUUUUUUUCUUUUAUUUUUAUUUUUUGCCCCAUGAUUACAUGAUGACGCAUUGAUUCUUUUUGGCAGAAUCAUGCCGAAUAAAUUCUUGUUAGAGGCUUAGAAACACCGAGGUGCAUAGAAUGUCCCUAGGAAAAAUGAGAAAAAAAAAUCU